CAAGGGGGGAAAAGGCCGCAGUUCGAAAAGAAACAAAGAUGGCCGCCUCGCUGCAGAAACGCCGUGAAUUUGGUCUUCGCUUUUGCCGUUUCCUUCAGCAAACAUAUGAUGAAGGAAAGAAGGAUGCCAGCAAAGGGCCCUGUACUUUUGAGGCAGAUGUUUACGGCUAUUUGAAUGGCGAGGGACAUGCAAAUCCCUUGGAGAACUUCUGGCAAAGAAGCGGGGAAAUGAUUGUUCUGGAGAAAGCAAAGCCCUGUGAAGAAACCAGCCAAUUAGAAGAAACCAUCCAACUAGGUGAUGUCUCUGGUUCUGUGGAGAAGUCUUUGGCACUUGCUUUGCCAGUUUCAAGAGCGAGGCAGCUCAUUUCGUUCUUCACCAUGGCUCAUAACCCACAUAUGAGCCACUUAAAAACAGACAGGAACAGUGCAGCACCAUGUCUUCCAUUGUGGGUGCGAUGUGAUCGCUCCGAUCCUCCGCAGACCAUUUGGAUGGGAGCUGAGCCUUUCAGCACCGGGAACAAUUCCACAGGCAUAAUUCUUCACUCAAUUACCUGCAAAGGUCCCGUGCCAAAGAAAAAAUGUUCGACAAGUCUGGAAAACCUGAAAGAGAAACAUCGAACAACACAUCGGUGUACUGAUGUAGAUCUGACCAUAAAGGGUUUUGCACGUUAUGAGUUCCUUGAAACCACUUGCUUGGGCUCCCUUUCUUUGGAAGACAGCCUCGCUCCCAUGGAGAGAAAUAUAUAUGCCGAUUUCUCUUGGAACAACGCCACAAAGGUCCUGCAGACACCUCCUCUCACUUCAGAUGCUAUCCUGAACAUUCAAAUGGCACCUGGGAGCACCUUGAGUUCUACAUAUGAGCUGUACAGGGAGCUGCAAUUUAUCCUUAAUUUAAGCGAAAGCUUGAAGAGUGGCACAACCGACUGGCCUAAGCCUUUGGGCCGGAAAUCGGCUAUUGAAGUGAUGCAGAAACUUUUGAAAGAUUUAAAGGAUGAAGCAGAUGGGUUGAAGACACCAAACCAAGAUUCUUCUGAGAGUCCCCAGGACACUAGCAGUGCAGUCUAUGUUUCUAUGGAAAGUCUUUUCAGUCAGAGAGGAAAUCUGGAUUUCGUGGAACUGCUGUGGUCUAAAAUAUGGAGAAAUAUCGUUUCCUAUGAGGAACUGGUAGAAUGUUUCACGUUGGUCAUGAAAUCCCUUCAGUGCGGUGAAUUGCAGGCACCGGUCCAUGAAGAAAGCAGCAGUUUGCUGAGCAAACUGAUUAAACAAUCCUAUUAUGGAAACGUUGAGCCGGUUUCUCUUAGUGGUGAUGCUCCCAUGCGGAUGUUUCUUGAAAUCGGCGUGGAUAAAUUGAAGAGGGAUUAUUUCCACUAUUUUGUAGGCAAAGAACUUACAACGCAGACUCAGUUGGACUACUUCAUGUCUGCUUCGGUUGACCUGCAGGAACAGGUCCAUCGAGUGCAGAAGCUUCAUCACAUGCUGGAGAUCAUGCAGAACUGUGUCGAGCUCCUCAAACUUGAGCAGGAACACCUCAUCUUUUUGACGCAGUCCUGUAUAAAAUACUACAAGGAAAACCCCCUGAAUGAAAAACAUGUAUUUCAGCUUCCAGUCAAGACGGCUUUUCUGAAGGCGUUCUACCAAGGUGCUUUCCCCCAAGUUUGGAGAGUGGAAAUCAGCAGUGGACAAGGGCCGAAGAAACUGAGAACAGUGUGGCAGCUCAGCACCAGCCCUCCAGAUGAACAUAUGAAUGCAAGCCUUAUAGGUCUCCUGGAUGAAACAGAAGCUUGCAUCAGCAAAGAGGAAACGUGUUUCACCACUCUGGCUGACUGCUCUGCAGUGUACUUUGGCUGACAAUAGAUUGUUUAUGUAGACUUCCUUAACUGUUGUAAAACUGGUGGAGGUACACAACAUCAGCGGUGUAUUGAAAUCACUUGCCUUAACAUUUCAAGGAGAAUCAAUGGGAAACACAUAUAUAAUAUAGCUGUUAGGCAUUAAAAUAGCAACCCAUUAUAUAUGUAUAUAGUAUUUAUGUCACAUUGACAGUUUGUUUGGUGGCUGUAUUAAAUGCAGCGAAGGGAAAGGGAAAUCCGCAGAGACUGAAAGGAAAAGAUGUCUGUGUCAAAUAAAUAUACAAUCCUGGCAA